AAAUUAAAAGCACAUGUAUGUUAAUAAGCUGAUACGUAUGCAAAGUACUGCAUUUCAGCUAAUCAGCGAAUUGAACAACUGGCACUGCGAUAAAAGCCGUAUCGAUAAAAUAAGGACCGUAUCAACUAACUAGUCGUCUUUUCUUUAAUUACCAGUUAAUGCCAGAAGAAGAAUACAAAAUACUUUUAUCGAACCUAAAGUGUAUCGCGUUUCGAGGGUAUACAUCUAUAUAAAAUCUAUUUUUAAUCGUAGAACGGAAAUUGUGGGAAUUUUGCUAGUGUUCAGCGGCGGUGAACGGAAGUCGAAUUGCGACGGUACUGCGCCACGACGACUAUUGCCACGAUGGCUGAGGAGACUGACACAAACGAUAAAGCGACGAUGGAAAGUAUAGCGCAAAACAUACUCGAGGUCAGUACCGGAGGUGGGUCUACGUCGAACGAAGUAGCCGCAUUAGAGUUUCAAGCCUCGCAGGUGAUAUCAAGGCUCGAGGAAGCUGUCGAAAAGGCAGCAGACGAUGGCGGUACCACCUGGAACAAUCCCUCUGGGUUCCUCUCGCAAUCAAAAACUGCCGACGAAAUAUUAACUUUAAUUCAGGACUUGGUAAUUCACGAAGACGCUCCCCAACCGGUAAAAGAUGAUACAACGGAAACGGCAACGAGUCAAGUGACUACCUUACCAACAUUAACAGAGCCAGCAAAAUUAGCGUUAAUCGCACACACUGUUUCUGCUUACGCGCUCGCACUUCCAAAAUCGCAUGCUCAGAGAUUAGCUGGCCGAUUGGCCGCAGAUACAACCAGAUGGCUAAGUCAUAUUUUCCGUUUCGUCGAUUGCGCUUCUUCGUUUCACGAAGAUCACUUGGAAGGUUUAGUCAGAGUGACCAGGUUGGCUUUACACAGGAAAUAUCCCCGGUAUAUGGAGGAAGGUUUCACCGCGCUUGCGGCCUCACCACCUUUAAUUUACAGUUCUGUGGCCGCACCUUUAGGUGUGGUUCAACAUCUGUGUAAACAGCUUUCUUUGCCACUCCAUUGUGUAAGACCCAUCCCCCAUAACACAAUGUUUGGAUCGCGAUAUAGCAUGGACGUGUCAGCUUUGGAACGCCGCCUCGCGGAAGACACGCAAUCAAAUAGCGUGACGCCGCUCCUGGUAUUGGCAGAGGCGGGAUCAGUAUUAACGGGACACUGCGACAAUAUCGCUAGAUUGCGUGCAAUUUGCGACAAGUACAAUGUCUGGCUUCACCUUAGAGGUCAUUCUUUAGCCGCGUUAGCGUUAAAUAAUUCUGCGAAGGAUCUGCCUUCGAAGAUCGCAGAUAGUGUUACGUUACCUCUUGGAAUAUGGCUUGGUAUACCAUCACUACCAGUAGUAACACUGUAUAGAUUAACAGAUACGAAAGGUGGUCGACCUACUCCAAGAGACACAACUUUGUCUCUGGUAUCAGGUUUAAUGACAGAUUCGUUGUCAAGACGUUUACCGACUUUACCCUUGUGGGCCACUUUGCAAGUGUUAGGUAGAGAUGGUGUACAUAAUAGAUUAAAGAGAUGCUUUUUGACUGUGGAAGAAUUAUACAAUAAAAUUAAGAAAUUUUCUUGCAUAAGGAUAUUGAGUCAACCACCUGGAGGAGAAACAGGGUCGUAUACCAUAAACGAGCUCCUAACAAACCCCGUGAAUAAUCCACAACUAUUCGAAGCUGUAGCCAGUGCAUUAGUGUUUCAAUUUGUACCUGCAGACAGGGAUCCACAGACAACAGAACGUGUUCCUCCUUAUUACGAUAAAUUAAAUUCCUGGUUAGGACAAAUUCUUCAAAGAGACAUUGAAAACGUACAAAUAGAGCUGUGUGAAAUAGAACAUCAUGGUAUUGCGAUUCGUAUUUGUCCUCUAGAAAAUCCAGAUCAACCUCCUACGACCGAGGAUAUAGAUAACGUAAUAGCUUGUUUGGAACAGCAGAUAGAAAUAUUACAGGCAACGGUCGAGCAUAAAGCAACGUUCGUGCGAUUAGUCUCAGAGAAUGACUCUUUACAUUUGGUAGAAAUGCCUGAUUGGGCAGGUUUAGGCGGUGUACGAUACGCACCUCCUACUUGGAUCCACGUCAUGACCGAUCAGGCAAAAGAGGAAUUGAACAGAUUAAACACGCAAUUAGUUGAAGCUUUACGGAACACAGACGCGGCAUUUUCUCUAGGAGAAGGCGCCGACGGCUUAGCUUGUGUACGAUUUGGUAUGGUUACACAAGAUACAGAUGUGGCCGAAUUACUAUCCUUAGUUCUACAAGUCGGUCAAAAAGUAGAAGCUAGCUCCAAGCUAUUGGAUACUAUAUCCGAAGUGGUGAAAAGAGGUAUCGAAGCAGCACAGACGGACUUGGAAAGAGAAAAUGCAGAAAAAUUAUGGCAAGAAGGUAUUCUUAGACACGUGCCUGUCGUUGGAACUUUCGUCAAUUGGUGGAGUCCACCUUCGAAAGAAACUGGAGUUCGUGGACGUAGUUUAAAUUUACAAGCCGGAGUUGUCGAGAGUACAGAGAAUAUUUACAAAUACCAUAUGCAAUUGCAACCAAACUCCACGGUGAUUAAUGGAUCUGGUGCUAGAACUCCACCACAGCCCCUUGUACAGACUCCAGUUGGCGCUGGUAGCCAAAGUCAUAGUCGUUCAUCGAGCCAUUCCAGUUUACAGAGCGGAAAAAGUAUCUCUGUAAUCACAAAUACCGUACCCCACCCGCAGGUAAAAGAAGAAUCCGGUGAGGUGAAGUCGUAGUAAACAUUAAACGAUACGAUUAAUCGAAGAAGAUUCAGUUCGUUAAGUUCAAAUCUCUGAACUUGACAAAGGAGCGAUGCUCUAGGUGAAACGAUCGAGCGUUUUCGGUAGAAGCUACCCUUUACAUUCUCAGAGCACAGCAAAAGAAUUAGCGUUUCUAAAGCGUUCAGGAGCUUAAUAAAUCGACAAAGGUAAAGCCACGCUGUCCUUUCUGUCGUUCUUUCUUCAAUAAACUAUUUUAUGCUACUUUUCUGUCAUCUUGGAUUAGUCGUAUUAUUUUUUUCUAUUUUAUCCGUUUUAUUACUUUCAUCGACAAUUUAAUUUCAUGGAUACUAGCAAGAUCUAUCGAAGAUGGCUUGUGUACUUAUUAGACUGAUAAUAAGCAAAGAUGUUAAUCUUACUACGAGUUAAUUUGAUAACAAGUGAUAACUGUUCCUCAUUCAUUAAAGUAUUUCUCUCGUAGCACAAUAAUCAGAAGCGUAUCUUCUUACUUUCAUAACGCAACAUGAAAAGAGUUGCCUUUAAAUUUUUAGUUUAUCGAAUGAGUAUCGAUUUUACAAUAAAACUACAUAAAUUGAACAGCUGACUAUUUAAGUUUCCAACAACAGUGUUUUACAUCGAUAUGUACACAUACAUUCUGAAUAAGUUUAUCAAUCAAACUUAAAUUUUUCCACAUUUUACUUUACAGACUACAUUUUUUACAUUUUAUUUGCGAGUUCUUUCUUCAUGAAGCACAACAUACAUUAAGAACGGAAAAAAGACACAUACAUAAUAAAGUCGCGAUUGCUUCGAGCAUUUAAAAAAGAAGGUAUUACGCACGCGUUGUAAAGUUUAUUCGAGAAAAUUAAGCUUUUCUUUAAGCAUCUAACAAAGCGUGUAAAAAAAGAAGGAAAAUCAGAACAAUGUUCCGAUAUUAGAACGAUAACCAAAGAGAGAGAGAGAGAGCGAUAAUGUAGAGUUACAUUGAAGCAAUUUGGAUUGUUACGAUGUAAUAAUGUGUAAUUUGCAACGGAAUAGGAAUUACUUAGUUCUGUUGUGUUAAAAAACAUAAGAAAUACGUUCACAUUAUUACAGUAUUCGGUAAAUUGUUGAUAGCUACAUUGAAUGGAAAGAAAUUAAAUUAUAUGUAUAUUUAUGUACCAAAAUUGUUUUAAUAAAGUACUGCAAUUCAAUAAAUGAUCUUAACAUAA